UCGGGAAAAUGUCCGCUCCUUCAGUCGGAACUUUUAUUUGCUUUUUCGACGGUUUUUAUUAAUGGUGCCAAUUAAAUUAGUGAUUCUAUAGUCAAAGUGACAUCAAAAACCAUUUGUUGAAAAGAAAGCAUUUAACAAAUCUUCUAGAAACAGCACAUAAUCCCUUAGAUCCGACGAGGGAGUGGCAAGUGGAGCGGAAGCGGGUGGUGGUGAACGCAUUCUAUUUAGGUUUUGUUGUUGAAUGUCCUACUGGCGUUGGUUGUGGCUGUCCCUCAAAAUGAUCUACCAGCUGCUGUGCUGCUCGGUGAGCCUGAUCCUCUUCUGCUUCAACGUUUUCUGGUUACUUUGCAACCUGGCCAUUCCGUGGUGUACACUGACCCUUCUUGUCGUUUGUAUUGCCUCCAAGUUCGUCAAGCUCCAGCGAAGUCCUAACGAGAAGCGACUUCUAAACCUUUUAAGUGGUCCAGAGGAAUGGCCCACUUACUGGCCCAUAGCCAACCGGGCAGCCGGUUUUGAUGCGCCUGAAAACUCGAAGGCAGCUAUCAAGAAGUGCCUCGCACGUGGAUAUCGGAACUUGCUUCUGGAUGCCGGCCUCACGGCCUGCGGCGAAAUAGUCGUGGCCAACCCCACAAAAAUAAAUGUGGCCCAACAGACACUGGUGGAGUUGGAAAAGCUAAACAUCGCGGAGCAGCAUCCCAUGGGGUCUCAGUACGAGGCGGAAUCGGUGGCUUCCCUUCGGCAAUUAUCCGACUUCCUAGAAGCAGAGGCCGCUGAGACCACAGUGUUUCUACGACUGCACGAUAACAGCGCCAAGAUGAUUGACCAGCUGGAAAAGUUUAUUACCUCCGAUGAAACUUUUACCCAGCGGACAGUUGUCAUUAGUCGCUCACCACUGGCCAUUUACCAGCUUCGAAAGCUAAAGCCUGAAAUUGUUUGCGGACUAUGGCAUGAGACGUACUUGUCACUGGCCAUCCUUAAAUCUUCUACACUUAUUACCUCAAUCUAUGGCGCUAUCUUUCGAAACAUAAUUGCUCCCGUGAUCGGAAUAAGCGUGGUCUUUCUUAGUAAAGAUGAAAUCAAUAUUCACAUUGCCGAUCUUUGGCGCAACGUUGGUGUCCGUCCAAUAGUCUAUAUGGUGAACUCGCCCAACGAGAAACGCUACUUCCAAAAGACCAUGAAGAUUCAGUAUCUAACGGAUUCGCUGAGGUCAGAGCCGCACGUCCUUAUGAAGGCUUAAAAUGAUUUUAAGGAUUUGAACAAACGAAAACGACUUAGAUCGACGCACACACUUGCACAAACUGCAUUUAGCUGGCAGAGCUUAGUCUUUACGAAGAACUUAUGUACGCAAGUGUUUUUGUAGAAGCUUUAGAAAGUAUUAUCCCAAGUUUACAAACACCAGUGAGAUUUAAGAUAUAAUUUAAUUAAGUUGUGUGUUUUACCUAAGUUUAGCUGAAGCUUUUUAUUGAUUUAAUUGACGUCCUGAUUUAUUUAUUUUGUUAUUUAUUUGUUUUCCAAUUACUGCUUUAUUUUUACGAAAAUGUUCUCAAAGUUUGUAAAGGCUUACACGAUGUACAAUAUUUCUAUUGAUUUACUCAACACAAUCGAACGCCUUAUAUGGCGUAUGAUUUUUGGAUGUGCUAUAUAUACAUACACCCAGCUUUUCUAUGAUUCCCUUGUUACCCAAAUUCCGAAAGUAAUCAAUCAAAAACCUAAGCAUUAGAUAUAUGUGUAUACCAAAAAUCAGAAUUAAUAAAAACUACAUUUUAUUACGAUGAUAAUAAAAAAAUAAAGAUAAAUGCAACGAUUGAUUUAAAUUCA